AUGACUGAUUUACAAAGGGACUCCAGUGACCAUUCUUACCACCGGGUAUGCGCAAACGCUCCGAAAGCAAUGGUCAUGUCUCCCGAUAAUAUAUCAUUCAAGGUGGAGCUCGCAGGUCGAUGGUUGUGUCUCUUGCAUACGAGAACCACAUAUCCUAAAACAGCUCCCAGGCUAUGGGGCAUAACUUUCAUUAUCGGGGAAAUUGGUCGAUCCGGUAAUGUUGAUUGA